AUGACUCUACUGAAGGACAAUAAUGAUGAUAUAAACUUCCAAAAAGCAUCAUCUACCUUAGACGGAUGUGUAAAGAUAUAUUCCUCCAGGGUUGAAUCGGUGGUGGUAGACACGGGCAAAUUGCUUUCUGGGCUCACCACGUCUGCUGGAUUAAAUUCCAUUGAGAACGAGGAAAACAGGCCUUCAAACAAGUUGAAUGAAAAGGUUCCCAAUAAGCAUAAGAAAAAGACGUUCGAGUCGAUAAAUGUCAAAUCCUUUGACCUUGAUACUUCGUUAGAUCCGCUAUUUAAAAAAAUCUCGGCCGAGUUUGAUGAAGGCGGAUAUAAAGGUCUUUUGUUCAAUAGACUUUCCAUUGAUCAAUCUGGAUCUUACAUGCUAGACCCGAGCGGAAUCUUUUUUAUGUCUCAAGACCAAAUGGAACAUGAUGGAAAUAUCGAGUUCAAUACGCAGCAAAGAGAUCACAUCAUUGAGGGAGAUGGCCAAGAACCUAACAAAGCUUUUGAUGAAGGAUUACUAGCUGGGAUAGGGUCUUUUUUGAAAUCAUUUACCCAGAUUCCUUGUACUAUAUCGCCUUCUUUUGAAGGGUUUCAGAAAGAAUUUCUUGAUGUAAAAUCUGCGGAGCCUUUCGAUUUUGGCGAGGACGUGAUUGCAGAAAUUUUGGAACAAUUAAAGCUUUCUUCUGCCGUCGAUUACGAUACAAUGCACAUUGACUCUAGCUUUGAGGAUGGAGUUUCUUCAAAGGUAGAACACCUUCAAAUCCCAGAUUAUCCCUUGACUCUCGACGAAACAGGAGAGGAAGAUGGCUAUCAUUUUCCAAGCGAACAAAGAUUCGGAAAUGAUGAUGACGAUGAGAAUUGUGGGAAUGUUGAGCAUAUGCAUGAAGAUGCGUAUCAAGAUCCUUCGCCCACUCUUGCCCAAAUGGUUCAAAAUUCGUUUAGUAGUACCUCUUUUCUUGCUAACCCAUCUGCCAUUCUGGAGGCAAAUGAAGCAACCAAUUCUGUCGAUGUAUGUAGCUCUAGAUCCAAUCUAUUUGCUUAUUUCGAUGGGAUGGCUCAUAAGAACUGGGCGGGUCCAGAACAUUGGAAACUUCGCUUGAUGCGAAAGGACCAUUCGGUUACGUCCGGUAAAAAGAUUAGACAAAAAGUGACCAUCAAGACCCAUCUGAUCGACUUUUGCACUGCUCCUGAGGUCGAUAUCAAGAGUUUAUUUGUCAAAUUUGAUUCACAGCAUCACAUCACAUUGACUCCUGAAAUUUUACUAUCCGAAAAGAACAGGACUCGUAACAUGUUGCCAGAAGAUUUAAAUAUUUCAUCAAAAGAUCUCUUUUCAAUGUUUUGCAAGCCUAAUUGGUGGUUUGCCGAUAACAUAAAGCGACCAUCUAGUGGAGCAUAUAAAGCCUCAGAGGAGCCAAUCGAAGAGACCGCUGAAAAGCUUCUGCAUACGCAAGGGGCCAAGUUUCUAGUAGAAAAAGGGCUUGAGGCAAUGGUCGAGACCAAUCAACGAACACAUGCCAUUUCUGAUGACUUUUCACAACCAGACGAUGACAUACCUUUUGAGCCUUUUGACCACGGCCAUGAGAACCAUGGUGACGACAUUAACGGCGAUGACAAUGAUCAUGAUGGUGAUGAUCAUCGUCUUUUAGGAGCUAGAGAUGCCUCUGAUGAGUCUCUCUUUUCGCAGCCAUUUUCGCAGCUCUCUCUUGGGGAAGAUUUCCCUUCCAUUCCCUCAUCCUCCUCUUUGAGUAAGGAUUGGGGGCCAAUGGGCUCUCCAAAGUUCCUCCGGGUCGAUUCAAUCUCCUAUUGCAAAGUAUCCAAGCGGGUAAAUAUGCAUCGCCUCAAAUCGACCAUGUGGACCAGCCUUUCAAACUCAUUUUCAUCAGAGGAUGAAAUACGGCUCAGUAGCGUUAUUUCUGCCAUCGAUGCGCAAGCAAUGGGUGGCGAGAAAAAGAAGGCGGAGCUCUCUUUUCCUUAUUGCUUCAUUUCGCUCCUUCAUCUAGCAAAUGAACACAAUCUGAUCCUUGCGCUAACGGCCACCCAUUCUGACAUCGCCAUCAAAAAGCAAACCAGUAAAUCACAAUAUUUGUAA